AUGACUCACAGGUAAGUUUAAAGGAAAGAUUCAUAAUGAAAAUUGUUGAGCAUUACUUGCUCCCAUAUCUGCUGAUUGUUAAAAAUGACUUGUGUAUCAGUAUCUGAGUUACAUAAUUGUGUCACGCUCGUCGUAAGAAGCGGACCAAGGCGCAGCGUGAUAUGCGUACAUCUUUUAAUGAGUACUUUAAACAAAUAACAAAACAACAAACGAUACGUGAAGUCUACAGGUUCACCAACACAAACCUAUACAGAACAAGAUCCCACAAUAAACUAGUGCCAACCGGCUGUCUAAGUAUGGUUCCCAAUCAGAGACAACGAGAAUCAGCUGCCUCUGAUUGGGAACCACCCUGGCCAACAUAGAAAACACAAACUAGAAUAAAACAUAGAAAAUACAACAUAGACACUACACACCCUGGCUCAACAUUAAAGAGUCCCCAGAGCCAGGGCGUGACAGUACCCCCCCCCCCAAAGGCGCGGACUGUGACCGCGCCAACCAAACUCAAGAGGGUAAGGGCUGGGUGGGCAUUCCGCCUCGGAGGCGGAUCCGGCUCCGGGUGUGACCACCACUCUCUCGCUACCCCCCCGUAGCGCCCCUGGUCUGGUCUGACCCCGCUGGCCGGAGCUGGACUGGACACCGGUGGAGCGGAUUGCUCAGGCUCCGGUGUGGAGCAGCUGACCGGUGCCUGGAACAGGCACGGGCUGUGCCGGACUGACGACGCGCACCACUUGCUUGGUGCGGGGAGCAGGAACGGGCCGGACCGGGCUGACGACGCGCACCACUGGCUUGGUGCGGGGACCAGGAACGGGCCGGACCGGGCUGACGACGCGCACCACAGGCUUGGUGCGGGGAGCAGGAACAGGCCGGACCGGGCUGGCGAAGCGCACCACUGGCUUGGUGCGGGGAGCAGGAACAGGCCGGACCGGGCUGGCGAUGCACACCACUGGCUUGGGGCGGGGAGCAGGAACAGGCCGGACCGGGCUGGCGACGCGCACCACUGGCUUGGUGCGGGGAGCAGGAACAGGCCGGACCGGGCUGGCGACGUGCACCACAGGCUUGGUGCGGGGAGCAGGAACAGGUCGGACUGGGCUGGCGACGUGCACCACAGACUUGGUGCGAGGGACAGGAACAGGCCGGACCGUACUGGGAACACACACCACUGGCCUUGUGCGGGGAUCAGGAACGGGCCGGACCGGACUGGUAACACACCCCAGUACCUCUCGCCGUGCCUCUACACUCUCCUUCUCCCUCGUGACCAGUGGCCCCCGUAACCUGGCGGCCUCCUCUGCAAACCUGCCGAACCGCUCUAUCGCGGCCUCCCGCUGCCUCGCCGUCCACGGUGUGAGCCCCCCCUAAACAUUUUUUGGGCUUGUCUCUCCCCCGUGAACAUGGCCUCCAUGGCUCUUGCCAGACUCUCACUCUUCUCCUCCCACGUCCAUCCUCUCUCCUCGUCACGCUGCUUGAUCCAGUCGAGAUGGGAUCUUCUGUCACGAUCGUUGUAAGAAGCGGACCAAGGCGCAGCGUGAUAUGCGUACAUCUUUUAAUGAGUACUUUAAACAAAUAACAAAACAACAAACGAUACGUGAAGUCUACACGUUCACCAACACAAACCUAUACAGAACAAGAUCCCACAAUAAACUAGUGCCAACCGGCUGCCUAAGUAUGGUUCCCAAUCAGAGACAACGAGAAUCAGUUGCCUCUGAUUGGGAACCACCCUGGCCAACAUAGAAAACACGAACUAGAACGAAACAUAGAAAAUACAACAUAGACACUACACACCCUGGCUCAACAUUAAAGAGUCCCCAGAGCCAGGGCGUGACAAAUUGGUUAGGCUACUGCUGACCAUCCACUGCUAAUGGUAGAAGAUUUCUCUUCUAUCAAAUUCGAUGGGCAUGAUACUGCUUCAAAAAUCACUCUUGAUAUUUAGCUGACUGGGGACCAAUGCUGCUUGUGGAGAUUCUGAUUGCCGCCUAAACAUAACAUUAUAUUCUUGUCAGGACAUCACUACCGCGCAGUGUGAGAGAAACGUUUGCACAAGGCAUCGUCUCCUUGUUCCCAUACCUGAAGGAUCCCUACACCGCAAAUGGAUAUGUAAGUAUACAUUACAACUGAUAAAGGGCAUCUGCAUUUAAUUAAUCUGGUAUGGUAUCUGAGCAAAUGGGACUUGGUUAUUUGUUUUUUCUUUCGAGAAUAGUAACCAUGUUCAUUUUCUUGAGGAACAUUAUUUCAACCCUAAUAAUGGAGAAGGGUACCUCUCGUAUAGAAUCAAAACCAUUCAGAGGAAUUUGGCUUCAUCUGAGAAACGGCCCACUCAACUAUACUCUGGAGGGCCUACUGCUGAGAGGGAGUCCAGUCCAUCCACUUUGGUUACCCUGAGUGAAGACCAGUGCAGAGAGGCCAUUUCUCUUAUGAAGCAUUCUUCUGAUGAAGAAACAGUCAAACAGAAGAUGAAAUUGACCUUUGAGUACAGGAAGAAGAUGACCCACAACCCGAGUAAAUGCUCUACCAUCCUAACCGAAUUUCUACACUUUCUGGAUGUGAAGGGCUUG